CAAAGCGCCAAAUUUUUGGCGCGACCUGUUAACAUAAGGGAAGCCUAUGCUGUUGUGUGCUGAAAGCGUUGGGAUGUUAUUUUCUGUUUAAGCAUAUUUGAACAAUUUCUGGUCAGUGUCAUUUGUCAUCUUUAGUUUAUAUCUCUCUGCAGUCAUGGGUUUACUGGAGCAGUGUGAGGAGCUCUUCAAGACCUCUGACCUGUAUGAAGUUCUGGGUGUUUGUAAAGGAGCAUCUGACUCUGAGAUAAGACGCGGAUAUUAUAAAGUCUCUCUGCAGGUUCAUCCAGAUAGAGCUCCUGGUGAUGAGUUAGCCACCACCAAGUUCCAGGUGCUGGGAAAGGCUUAUGCAGUGUUGGCUGACAAGGACCAAAGGGCAGUCUAUGAUGAACAGGGAAUAGUGGACGAAGAGUCAGACACUCUUGAUCAAGACCGCAAUUGGGAAGAGCACUGGAGAAGAUUGUUUCCCAAGAUCACAUUGCAAGACAUCUUGGAGUUUGAGAAGCAGUAUAAAGGCUCUGAUGAAGAGGUGGAAGACUUGAAGAGACUGUACCUACAACAUGAAGGUGACAUGGAUCUGAUCAUGGAGUCUGCGCUGUGCUGUACCCAUGAAGAUGAGCCUCGUGUCAAAGACAUACUUCAGAAAGCCAUUGAUGCUGAAGAGGUGCCGGCCUACAAAGCCUUCACUCAUGAGACUGCUAAGAAGAAGAACAACCGCAAAAGAAAGGCGGACAGAGAGCGUAAGGAGGCAGAGGAAAUGGAGAAAGAGAUGGGCUUGAACAGUGAGGACAGCCUGGUAGCUAUGAUAAAGCAAAGACAAAAGUCCAAAGAAAAUGGAUUCAACUCCCUCAUCUCGGAUCUAGAGGCGAAAUAUUGCAAGAAACCAGCAGCUGGAAAGAAGGGCAAGAAAAAGUAGUGUGCUCUUGUUCAGACCAGCUUGUGGAUAAAAUGCAAAAAGAACAUUUUAAAUGUUACUUUAACCGUUUUUUUUGUAUAUAUGUUUUCCUGUUUCCUUAUUUUAUGUAUUAUUCAUGGUCUUCUGACUAAUAAUAAACUGGAUUCAAUCAA